CCACACCAUCAUACCGUCCUAAUUACAGAAUCAACCAUUGUUCUUCUCAGACUCCCUUCACUGUGAAUGUUAUCCUUAACCUUAAUCAACCUCCAAUUUAAUAUAAUUCACAAAAAAAACUCUAAUUUAAUAGCACCCCUAUUCAUAUAAUUGACUGUUCCGAUGAGUUCACACAACCCAAGACAAACACAACACAAUUUCUUAAUCAAUCUCCAAGCUUUCUUGCUGUGUGAUACCAACCCCCACAACGUAUAUGAAAUGCCAAGAACCGACAAGCGAUAACCGACAUCGAUUAUUGGGAAGAUGAAGGAAAAUACAAUAAAGUUGAUUUGACCAACGUUGAUUUAGAAGGAUUGUCUGUAAUGCUUUUGACUAUGGAUUACAAAAUGAGGGCGGUGGUGGUGAUGUGGUGCUCCCCAAAAACGGAUGGCAGUGAUGGCGGUGAUUACGGAAAAACGAUAUAACAUCACGUCGUUUAACUCCUACAGCUUACGUGGAUAAAACAAUACAAAUGUCAACUUUUGAUUAGAGAACAGUAAAAACUGUAGGUAUGGAACAGUGUAUAAGUUUUGUCCUUAUUAUUUUGUUGUUGUUGAUGUUAUUAUUAUAAUUUUGAUAAUACUAAUGAUUUUUCAACAUUAUAAUAUAAAAUACCGCAUAACAACCGUGCGACACGUGCGACACGGGUGUGAGACUAGUAAUGUAGAAAAUGAAAAGAAUUGAAAUGGAGAAGAUACUAACCAGGAUAAUACUAUAAUAUAAAAGGUAAAAAAAAAAAAAAGUAACUUGGUUUUUUUUGACAAAAGUAACUUAUGCAUUAAAAAUAUAAUAUUUCAUUAACAAGUCUCUAAAGUCUAAACAGUGUGUAGUCCAUUCCAAUUGAAAAUGAAACCCUAAAUUGAAGCUCCGUUUGUUCCUCUCCAUCAUCGCUCAAAUGUCAUUCUUAAGGUUCACCUUUCGAUCUUCUUCUUCUUCUUCUUCUUCUUCCAUUUCUUACUUAAGGCGAUUUUACUCUCACUAUCCAUUUCAUGUUAAUAAUGCUGUUGAUAAUGCUGUUUCUUCAUUCCAUAGCUUGCUUCGUAUGAAUCCAACCCCAUCCAUUGUUGAAUUUUGCAAGAUUUUAACUUCCCUUGUUAAGAUGAAACAUUAUCCCACUGCUAUUUCCCUUUCUAACCAAUUACAAUUCAAUGGAAUUAUGCCUAAUGAUGUUACUUUCAAUAUAUUGAUCAAUUGUUACUGCCACCUUCGUCAAAUGUCUUUUGCCUUUUCUCUAUUGGCUAAGAUUCUCAAGUUGGGUUAUCAGCCUGAUGUCAUAACUUUAACUACUCUUAUCAAAGGGCUGUGUUUUAACGGUAAGGUGAAGGAAGCACUGCAUUUUCACGACCAUGUGGUUGCACAUGGAUUUCACCUCGACCAUGUUAGCUACGGGACCUUGAUCAAUGGACUCUGUAAAAUUGGGGAAACAAGGGCUGCCUUGCAAGUUCUAAGACGAAUUGAAGGGAAAUUGGUCAAGCCUGAUGCAGUAAUGUACAACACAAUUAUUGAUAGUUUGUGUAAAGAUAAGCUUUUAAUAGAUGCUAAGGAUUUAUAUUCUGAAAUGAUUGCAAAGAAUAUUUCUCCUAAUGUUUUCACUUACACUUCUCUAAUAUAUGGAUUUUGCAUUGUUGGUCAAUUGAAAGAAGCAUUUGAUUUGUUCCAUGAAAUGCCAUUGAAAAACAUCAACCCAGGUGUUUAUACUUUUACUACACUGGUCGAUGCUCUAUGUAAAGAAGGAAAGGUGAAACAAGCUAAAAAUGUGAUAGCUGUGAUGAUGAAAGCAGGCGUGGAACCUAAUGUUGCUACAUACAGUUCAUUAAUGGAUGGGUAUUGCCUAAUCAAUGAAGUGAAGAAGGCCAAAGUUAUAUUCAACACUAUGGCCCAAAGAGGAGUGAUGCCCGAUGUUCAUUGCUAUAGUGUCGUGAUUAAUGGGCUGUGUAAAAUUAAAAUGAUGGAUGAAGCCAUAAAUCUAUUUAAAGAAAUGCAAGACAAGAAGAUUAUUCCUAAUACAGUGACUUACAAUUCUCUUAUUGAUGGUUUGUGCAAAUCAGGGAGAAUUUCUCAUGCAUGGGAACUUUUUGAUCAAAUGCAUGAUAGAGGUCAACCUGCUAAUAUAAUCACUUACAAUUCCUUAUUACAUGCUCUAUGUAAAAACCAUCAUGUUGACAAGGCAAUUGCAUUGGUCAAGAAAAUUAAAAUCCAAGGUGUUCAACCAGAUAUGAUCACAUACAGUAUACUUAUUGAUGGACUAUGCAAGGAAGGGAGACUUAGGAACGCACAAGAGAUUUUUCAGGAUCUUUUGAUUAAAGGCUAUAAUGUAACAGUCCGGACAUAUAAUAUUAUGAUCAAUGGUCUUUGUAAAGAGGGUUUGUUUGAUGAAGUAAAGGCCUUGUUGUCAAAAAUGGAGGAUAAUGGUAUCAUUCCUAAUGCUGUAACUUAUGAAACUAUUAUUUGUGCUCUCUUUCAUAAAGAUGAGAAUGAAAAGGCGGAGAAACUUCUUCGUGAAAUGAUUGCUAGAGGACUAUUGUAACAGUAACUAUAGUUAUCCUUUAUAUUUGCAUUGUACUGUCAAUCAGCUUCAUGGUUGUUAUCAGAAUGUAUCCUGCUCGAGUAUCAUAAGCAGUGGUGGUGAAGUUAAAGUGUGUUGGUCUGUUGUUAAGCUUCAGAGGUCAUUUUCUUGUCCUUAGUGUAGUAGUGGCAGACUUGCCUAUGCAGGAAAAGCAGAUUACAAAGGUGUUAACUAAUAGAGGAAGGCUUUUAGUGUUGGGGCUGAAUUGCACAGAGUGGAAGUAGCACGGGUAAGUAGAGGCUUUUCGAAGGAUGGGUGUGAAGGUAUUGGGGGAGGCAACUUGGAUAUUGUGUUUCGAAACUUGGUAAUUCUUAAGUGUUGGUACAUUGAUAGAUUGGUUACUGAGUUUUUAGUUUUGAUUUCAAUUGUACAUUGAAUGGCUGAACUCAGUAUUGUGUUGUAAGAGUGCAUUUGGCUUCAGCCUGUUAUGCUGAGACAAUCCUGCAAAUUUAUGCAGGUGGCAAGCAUUUUAGAACUUGAUGAUCUAUCUAGUACCUACUGUGAUUGUUUUGAAGUACAUAUUGUGUUUAAUCUGGUUUGUUGCGCUCUAUCAGACCACUCAAGUUACGCUGUGUGGGUGGAGUGUGUUAAGAGUCUCACCUUAUAUAAUAUAAGGUCUGAAAAUAAUUUUAUAAUUGGGCUAGGACUGUUCAGUUCAGAUAGAUAACUAAACCGAACCAUAACAAUGGUUCAGAAGAACUGAACCGAAAUGCUAUAGUUUUCCUCCGAACCGAACUGAACCGGAUUAAUGGUUCGGUGAACCAGUUCUUAAUUUCGAACCAAACUGUUGUCAUACAAUUUUUUUUCCAAACCAAACUGUAUUUUUUGGGUGAACCGAACUGUGUUUAAGACGUCCUUAUGUUGCUAGUAAUAAUAAUGUAACAUCAUAUUUAAAGCUUUACCACAAGAUGUAUUCUGGCCUUCUAUGAUUCUUGAAUUUCAUUUGGACCGUAACUCUAUUCUAUUUUAGCCGACUGUGAAGUUUAUCAUGCAAAUAUAUUCACAAAGCUGCCAUAUUCUGUGAGCUCAGGUUCUCUCCAUAUGCAAGUUUUUGGUAUGUUUACUAACUCUUCCUUUGUUUCAGGCUCAAAGGGAUGAAAUAAUAUUAUGUUAUUGUAGAAUAUUUUUUGUCCCUAAAUCUAAAAAAAUGAGGUGAAAAAUAUCUGGUU